GAGACCACUUGAUGAUCAUUUCUCGUGGGGACAGCGCCAUGGCCGCUCCCCGCGCAGCGCGCCUGGUUCGGUUAGCGCCUUGCCGGAGGCGGCCAGUGGCCCGGGCUUUCGGCCACUUGUCCUCUUGGACGCCAGCGGCAUGCGCCGGCGGCACUCUGUGGCGGCGUGCGAAGGCCACGGCCCGUGGCCAGCGUGUGCGUGAGAGCGGCAUGCCACCGGUGGACUACUGGGAGGAGCUUCUCCACCCGGAGCCCACGCUGGACGCACUGGGCUUUACCUCGGGCCGCCAUGUGCGAGCGGUGGAGUUCGGCUGCGGCUAUGGGACCUUCACCGUACCUGCACAUGGACUCGCUGGGACGGAGACUUCUGCUUCCUUUUGGGCUUGGAUUCAGGUGGCACAGCGUGUUCAGAAGCUUCACACUUUCGACAUCGAGGAGCAUAUGGUGGAAACCUCCCGCCAGCGCUUGGCGGCGGCCGGCCUCGAAGCACGCGUAGAGCUGGAGGUCCGAGAUGUGCUUGCGCAGGGCUAUGGCUUGGAAGCGGAAGCCGAUGCUGUGCUGCUGAUGAACAUCCUGCACUGCCAGGAGCCGGUGCAGAUGCUGCGCCAGGCCGCAGAGCUGCUGGAAGACCAGGGCCUCGUUUAUGCCAUCCACUGGAGGUACGAUGAGAGCACCCCGCGCGGACCUCCAAUGAAGAUCCGGCCUCGGCCCGAGCAGCUUGCAGACUGGGCAAUGCAGACAGGAUUGCUGGAGGUGGAGCGCGGACCGAUCGAUUGCCCGCCGUGGCAUUAUGGCUGGACCUUCCGCCGGGCUUAGGGCAAAAAGGC